AUGAAAUCCUGCCAAUCGCUGCUUCAAGUGUUGGGCUGCUGCUAUCUCGUUCAACUGUCCGCGACGCUACCGUUCAGCUUUCCCGAUGGCCACGGCCGGUCACAGUCGUCCGCCAGAGCUUUAUCGCCCGCAGAGCCAACCUCCCGUCAGGACGCUUUCGAAGGACGCAGCAGUAGCAGUAACGGUCGUUACCCGUUCCUGGACAUCUACAGUCGGUAUCAGGUCCACGAGGAGGACGCCGAUCCGCCAGGGGUGCAUCAGAAGCCGACACCGUACCUUCCGAGGCCGACCCCGGCGAGUACCGGGCGCAUCACUCCGCCUUCACCGCGCUACACAACCAAAUCGAACCGUCCGAACUCGGCCUUCAAUCGGUUGCCACCGGCCAAGGCGGACGAACCGAUCCAGGCGGAACCGGCGGACGAUUAUGACGACGACGAUGAGGACGUGGGAGAAGAGGGCCAACCCGACAAACCGGUGCCCGUGGCACCGGCCUACAAUCCGGUGGCCGGCGGUGCAUCCGGUGGCUCUAUGUUGUCCCCCAACUCGGUCAACAAUCUGUUCUACGGCUUCAACGACAAAUUUGGCGGGCUGUUCGGGGAGAACCGGAACAAGUUCAAGCUCAAGCGCCGGAAGCCUGGGCAACCGUGCAUUCCGUACAGUUUGCUGCACAAGCUCAAGUACGGGCGGGACCUGCAGGGCAAUCCGGUCGAUCCGAAGACGCUGCUACCGAACCUGAACCUAAUCCUGGCAGACCUGAACUAUUACGCACCGAACAACAACCUGUACGGGGACCACGCGAGCGACACACCGGCCGGGGGGGGUGCGGUGGUCAACAACCACUUUUACGACGCCGCCGGGGGCUACCCGUGCCAGGGCACCAGUUUCGGCGGUGGUUCUGGUGCCGGUCACAAACCGUUCCGUCCGCAUCGGCCCCACGGAGGCGGUCCGCUGGGAUUCUUCGGCCAGGGCGGACUCUUCGAUUGGGUCCCUUCGGCCGACGCCGUCCAGAGUGACGAGGGUGUUGACGGUGGCGGUGGUGGCACCGGCAACCGGCCGACGGUAGUCUUUAACCUGAACGACGCCAUCGACAGUGUGGCUACGAACUGGCGGCCGGGAGAAAGUUUCCAGAAGGUGAUGGGCGUGAUAGCGGACUUCAUCACGCAAGUGGCGGGCGGUGCGGCGGCCCCGGUGGCCGACGUUGCAUCCGAUGUGCGCACCAUCAACCGAGAGUUUUUCAGUCUCUUCGGGUAA